AUGACAGGCCUUUCCCCAGAGAGUUUAAUCUCAGCACAAAUGCAUGUGACAAUCACUGAUUGCAGAAAUUUUGAUGGGAUAUUGACAGCCAUUGACCCGUUUGGGAACUUGUUACUAUCGGAAACAUAUGAGAUUUCUAAGGAUAAAUUUGACGAUAGCAAGGUACAUCAGAGAAAGAUUGGGUUGGUCAGUAUACCAAGGAGUACAAUUAAAAGUAUCAAGGUGGACAAGCGGACUCAUGAAAGGAUAUUCAAAAGCUAA